UAGACCGACAUGCCACCCCGAACACUUCUCCAUUUUCAGAUUUUUCCUAAGGUUUGGUAGAUUCAUUCAAGAAUUUUCCAAUUUCUGAAUUUCAUCUGGAAAAUUGAAGUUAAUACCAACCAGAUUAGAGAUUAUCUUAAAGCAUAAGCCCUGUUUAUGUGAAGAAGGACAAGAGAUUUAGCAUAACAUAAACUAGAGCAAGAAAUCGUGGAGAAGGGUACAUAACCCAGAUAUGUGGAGACGUGUGACUUCGCUUUCUCCAUUUAUUUCUUCUUCCAAACCAUCUAUUCGUAACCAGGCAUCAUAUGGAGGGAAGAUUUGGGAGUUAUUCACCACAGAAAUACUCACUCCGGCAAAAGCUGGAAUAUCUUCUGAUGAGAAAACACCAUUCAUAACUUUUGUUGUAGGUGGCCCUGGUAGUGGAAAAGGUACACAAUGUGCAAAGAUUGUUGAGACCUUUGGAUUUACACACAUAAGUGCUGGAGAACUGUUAAGGAGGGAAAUAUCUUGUAAUAGUGAACAUGGUUCCAUGAUUCUAGACAGUAUUAGAGAGGGAAAAAUCGUCCCUUCAGAAGUGACAGUCAAACUGAUUGAGAAGGAAAUGGAGUCAAGUAAAAAUAAUAAAUUUCUCAUUGAUGGAUUUCCGCGAACUGAGGAGAACCGCAUUGCAUUUGAAAGAGUUAUUGGAGCAGAACCAAACUUUGUGCUUUUCUUUCAUUGCCCUGAAGAAGAGAUGGUGAAGCGACUGCUAAGCCGUAAUGAGGGCCGAGUUGAUGACAACAUAGAUACAAUCAAGAAACGGCUUGAAGUUUUUACAGCAUUGCAUCUUCCUGUUAUCAAAUAUUACUCUGAGAAGGGAAAGCUUUACAAGAUUAAUGCAGUAGGUACCGUGGAUGAGAUUUUUGAACAAGUUCGCCCAGUUUUUGCUGUAUGUGAGGCAACUAAAUGAGGAGGAAAUGAAGAAGACAAAGAAGAGGGCAAAGCAUGGAAGGUCAAGGUUUUUGGUUGGAAUCACCUUGCUUUUCUUUUGAAGGAGCAUUAUAGGUUAGUUAGCAAGCACGGCUUUUUUUCUUGGAAAGUGCGGGAAUUCAUAAAGGGAAAAACCAUCUGCAGGAUAACUCUCAUUAUCAAUUUUUUGUUGUUGUUUUGGUGGGACUAUGAGUUUGGUUUGAUGUUGCUGGGUGCAUUUCUACAUCUCCUGCCUGCUGUGCAAACCACAAGUUGUGUAGUUGCUUUAGGCAACGGAAACGAUGGUUAUGUGAACCAAGUAGUACUAAGAAAAGCGGAGAAUCACGCUUUCAUAUUUUAUGCAAACUAUUGGUGUUGUAGUCGAACUGCAUGGUAUUGAAAAAAGAAUAUGUUGUACAUCUUAUGAUUAAAUAAAAUCACAAACAAUAGACA